AUGGAUGUUGAUGAACCCAAUUCCGCUGUGAUAUCAGAUUCUGAGGCCGCUGAUGAGGAAAUUAAAAUCAUAUACAGACCUGAAUUCAAUGAGGACUAUCUUUGGACGGAGGAAAGGAUCCAAGAAGCGAGCAGAUCACCUAAAUUUGAUCCUGGGUCAUUGGGCUUGAAUUCUAUUCCUGAAGAAUCUAGUUCCUUUUCUGUAGCAACCAGUGGGCAACUUACUACAGGUCUUCGAUGGUCCUUAAGAAAGAGAAAGGCCAUUCAAAAGAUGCCCUAUAGUUUAGAAAGAAUAAAGCAUAGGCAGCUGUUAGAAGGCUAUGAUAUUACUGGUUUUGAUAGCAUUUCAAACCAAUUAAUUUUACCAGAGAACACCUCUCCGGUGAUUAAGCCGAAAAAGGUACCGUCAACCAAUAGAAGCACAAAAAUCUUGAACGAUCAGAGAAAUGAUACUGCUGAUUCUAUUGAAUUCAACAAUGACUCAAAUGAAUCGCAUACUUCCGAUAGUGAUGAAGUAAUACCAAGGAAAAGGCGUCGUAAUUCUGAAUAUUCUGACCAGAGUAAAGCUGUUCAAUCGGAUGUUUUCCUAGACGAUAAUCAAGAUUUAUGUAAUAUGAAUUCACAGAAUCCACGUAACGACGAAGUGAUAUUUAGAGGAAGAGUAUUAAAUGUAAAAACCGGCUAUCGUGGGGUUUUACCGAGAGUUGCUUGGGAAAAGUCACUACAAAGGCAGAGGUCCUCGAAGAUCAAGAAAAGAAACGCUGAAUUAUCAAACCAUAAAGGAGUGGCCAAGCGAAGAAUGCAUAAAAGUGUCCGCGUUGAAGAUGAAGAACAGAACUUGCUAAAUGAUCUUAUUGCGCCCGAUGACGAACUGGAAGCCGAUCAGGAUACUUCUCACGAUUUAUACUUAAGAAACCCUUCGGUUGAUCGUCGAGCCAGCGAAAAAGAGCUAAAAGAGUUGCAGGAAUACUAUGAGAGUAAAUACAGCGAAGAUGAACGAUUAUCUGAAACAUCUGAAUUUGACUUCAAUGAGGAAUACCGUAAUGAACCCAUAUAUGAGUUAGAAUAUGACGGUCCGAACUGCCGCAUUCCUCGCGUAUCUUACGAGGAACAACCUAUUAUCUAUUUAAAUUCACAACACUCAGACAGUGGGAUUAGUGAACGGUACAACAUCUCCGGCGAAGAAAAUCAAAGUAUAAUGUCUCCAGAUUUUGCUGAAGAGUAUAAUCAUGGUAUAAUUGAUAAGAUGUUGGUGAAAGCCAAAAGAAAGAAAUCAUCUCCUAAUUUCAAUGGUUUGGAUACAAAAAGAAAAAGAGUUAAGAAGUAUAGCUACAACCGCAAAAAGCACAACAAGCGUCCAACCUCGAUAGCUAUUAAGGUUGGGAAAUGGUCGGUCCGUAAAUCGAACCCUGUGUGCUCUGAAAGUUCUCCUACAGCCUAUUUGAAAAAAAAUCAUGCCAUUGAUGAGUACCCUUUUGAAGCCUUAGGAUUUCAGUCCUUAGAAGUGGAUGAAAGCUCUUCUAACAAAGCGUCCGGGAAGGAAACGAAGAAGAAGAAGAAGAAGAAGAAGGAGGUACUCGCAUACCCAAGUUUAUCCACAGAGGUUGAACCAAGGCGAAAAGCAGUUUUCAACACAGUUGUCGAAGUUCCCACAAAUCGUUACGCUUUCGCAGGGUCAAACAAACGCAAUGUCAAUGCCAUGCAUAGCAUGGAAUCUGAGGAGGAAGAUAUCAACAAAGAAUACCAGCCAAUAAUGGCCGUUCUUGACUCAAUUUUAUCAAAAAAACCGUUUGAUCCACCUAAUAUCAUUAAGAUCGAAUUGCCUGGCAAGAAGUAUUCGCUAUCUAAACUCAACCCUGCAGAAAUAGCCGCAUCGCUACGGGAUGUGUUCAGGGUUAUUAUUGAUAAGGGAAUCACAGACACGGAAUUAGUUCACUUCAACGAAAGCCUUAUAGGAUUUUUGAUGCAUCUUGAUAUGCCUGAACUGUUCAAUUUAAUUGGUGAAUUCCAUCGUGAGUUCAGGUCAAAGGUUAACAGCUUAAGAAAAAAGGCUAAACCAAUUCAUUUUUUUCAGCUCGCAGCCUGUCAAUUGAUGUUUCUAGAAAUAUCAAGAUGUAACAAAAUCUCAACCGCUUCAAGAUUGGAAAUGGAUGCUAAACUUGUGGAUCACAUAGUCUCUUUUUUCAAACUACUUUCUAUAUGUUAUGACUCUGUCACGAGAAAUCCAAUGGAAUAUUUGUACACUAGUUACUAUAUUCUAUCUUCUAUCGUUGAUAUAAUACAUAAAAAGGAAGCUUUGUGGGACUCAUUCCAAAAGCACCCCUUCUCUCCCCAGAUUUCGAUGCUGCUGGUCAACAUAUUUCCUACAAAAUCUUGCUGCUGGCAGGUUUUGAAGUUGGAUCCCGAAUUCCAACCUUUAAAUUUGGCGUUUCGAUUCAUCAAGUAUUGCACUGAAACUUGCAAGUGGAAUGUUACCAAUUAUUUAAUUCUCUCCCUCGACCGCAUAUUCAAAAGGAGGAGAUUUUCUGAUUUUGAAGAAGAGUUCAUUUUGUCACAAAAUAAUAAGAUAAUCUAUCCUCCAACAAAGCAGCCUAUGCGUCAAUUAAUGUUUAAUAAAUAUUUGCAUUUGCUGACACUGUGUGAGUUGUCUAGUUCCAAUACCCAACGUGUGAUACCCAUGAGUGAUAUUUCUAUGAAUGAUUCUUUAUCAGUUUUGAACAACCGUCUCAAUCUUCUAAUUGUUCUAGCUACGCAUUUCGAUUUGAACUUAGAGAAGCGCCUUCAAGAGCUUACACGGCCAUUAUAUAGUAAAGACUAUUUAGACUUUCAUACCGCGGAUGCAGUCAAAAAGAUAACAACAGCAAUUAUGCAGGCAAGUCUCUCAUUUCUGGAAAUUAGUCGAACCAAGAACCAUCCCUUCAGUGGAAAAUUUAUAGCCUCGCUAUUUGGUAAUUUGAUACUUCAGCGGCCUUCUGCAUCGAGAAUAACAGAGAAUUUUCUGAGAGAAUUUGCACCAUUAGUCGAAAAAAUGAAGAGAAAAAGCGUGAAUAUGCUCAAGGUGUUAUACACUUCACUGGUGGCCAUGUCUCAAGACGAAGCGUUUGAGACUUCUUCUGUUUUGUUAUUGCAGGUAUACCUGAAGAGCUUGGAUAUACUUGGCCCAACUUGGGUGCAGAAUUAUCUUCUCCAAUUUAUCAAGAGCAAAGCCCAGGAAAACAUUCGCUGGAUAGAGUAUUAUUGUCAGGUCGGAAAAUUUCUCAUAGAUACUGGUGCAUUUAAUUGGUGGACUUUCUUUUCUUACAACAGUUUAGAUGCUCCACUAAAUUUUCAGCUAGCGUUUUACUCUCUGAUUGUCGAUUCUUGUGAUACAGAUUCCUUUGAAUUACUGAGAAAACCGCUCUAUUGCAUUGCAUCUGAUUUGCUACUGAUUUCUAAAGAAAACGCAUUUUAUCAAUUUCUUUCCAAUCUGUUGAAGAGAGGACAUAUUAUAGUGACUGAUCUGAAACCUGCUUCAAAUGAAAAUGAACUUUUGAGAUUAGCGUUUAUGUUUUCUAAAGCUUUGCAAAAAAACUUAUAUCACGAUUUAUUGUCUAGUCUCCUAACAUCGGCCAAGAAGCACAGUGACAAUGGGGUCCUCAGUAAGGAUUUUCUGAGGAAAUAUCUGGAGUUCCUGAACAAAAAUUGCCUAACUGAACUAAGAAACAAUCAACUUUUCAUCAGUAUAAGAAGGGAACUUGGUGUAUCAAACGAUGAAGACGAAAAAUGUAGGUUUUGGAAUUCUUUUAAUGAAUCAGGUGAUGUCCUGUCGAAAGCGGCCUUCGUUGAAACUGGCGUCGUCCAAGCCUGUUGUGCUUCAAAUGAAAUUGGUGGAUAUCUCGAGAAUUUAAGUACCUUAUUCAACUCCGGCAUGUUAGAAACCCCUUUUAAGUUCUUUUCGAACCUACUUAUUGCGCACAUAUUUGAAAACAGUCCUCUUUUCGACAUAAAAAUUAAGAACUUUCUGCUGUAUCAGUUCAUAACCCUCUUCAACAAAGUUUUGAGGAUAAGAUUUGAGCAGGUGUCUCCCGAUGAAUUCUGUGAACUUUGCAAGUUAUACAGGGCAUUAUGUAUCGAAUGUGCCACUGAUUGUACGUUCAGUAUGAACUGUGACUUGACUACUUCAAAAGAUGCUUUUUUAUCAUCUGUUCUGAGAAUCGCUGAUGGAUUUUGGGAGCAUAGUAGGCUCUUGGAGUUGAAAAUGCUCGACGAUAAUAUGAAUAUACCCAACCAGAUUUCUCAUACUAAUGUUCAAAAUUCACUAUCUGCAAUUGUUGUGGACAUAAUAAAAAAAAACAUAGGAAACAUUGAGGCAUCUGAACCUUUCAAAAACUUCAAAAAUACGUAA